AUGCGAAGACUGGAUGAGGACGCAUUUUCCUAUUUCCUCGACGAUGCUGUGGUCGGAAAACGGGCCGUCAACAUUACCCGUAAUACUUGGGAGCCAGGAUUUUGCACGAGCCAGGCGGCUUCAAUUUCCGCCAGCGGCAAAGAGAGCAUCUCUUGGCUCCCUCCCGGCAGAGUGGAUGCGUGGUGCAAGCGAGCAUCCGAGAGCAUCGACCUUCCGGGCGGCUUGGCGUCAAGAGCUUAA